AAUCAUGUCAUUAAGGACAGUACUGAAAGAGCAAAGAUAGCUGCGGCUCAUCACGGCAUUCUUGCUAUCGAAAUGGAAGCUGCUGGCUUAAUGAAUGUCUUUGGCUGUGCGACGAUACGAGGAAUUUGUGAUUAUGCAGACUCGCACAAGAACGAUGAUUGGCAAAAUUAUGCAGCGGCUACAGCGGCGGCAUGUGCUAAGGAAGUUAUCGGUAUCAUACCAGUAACGUCACUAGCCAGUAAGUAAAUGCGAGGAAAUUUUUUUUCUCAAAAGAUCCCAAAUAAGGCGAAACUGCUCUUCCGCACAUUUCCUCCAGUAGUUGCGGAGAACAGAGGCUUAUGAACGUUAUAGUGCAUCAGACAAGAAUAGACCACCUCCACCAUGGUACCUCGCUCACAAGUUCCGGCUCACCAAGGCUUGAUGGCACCAAUCCAAGGGAAUUUCUUCAACUCUCAGAACAAUUACGGAUAAUGGCUGCGGAACGAACACGUGAAGCCACAACCAAUGGAUUAAUUGGCAAAUUGGAUGACAUUAAGAGUGGUCCAUAUUGGGUAGUACCAUAUCCUCGUAACAAUAGGUUCAUUGAACGGCAGCAGCUAAUGCAACAGCUGAUUGAAAGCUUUGCCCCUAGAGAAGGUUUCCAAGCAUUAGCAUUGUUUGGGCUUGGUGGAGUCGGAAAAUCACGGAUAGCUCUAGAAUACGCAUAUACACUUCGCGAAAGUGCCCCGCAGGUCUCGGUAUUCUGGGUCCAUGCUGGAAGCCGGGAAAGAUUUCAGCAAGGAUAUGACGCAAUAGCAGAAGAAAUCGGCAUCCCUGGUUCUCGUGAUCCAUCAGCAUCCACUCUCGGCUUGGUCAAGGCGUGGCUUUCCAAAAGGAUGAGUAGUCGAUGGCUCUUAAUUAUCGACAAUGCUGAUGAUAGUGAGGUCUUUUUUGGUCAGACUAUCCUUGAAUCAGGCGGCAAUUCACAGCUACAAUUCAGGACGCUUUGGGAUUACCUACCUCUGAGUCCAAAUGGCUCAAUCCUUUUCACUACCAGGAACAAACAGCUAGGUUUGGACUUGACUGGCAGUGGAGAGCUGAUUUUCAUACCUCCAAUGGGCUAUACUGAAGCGGAAGCUCUGUUCAGGAGUAGACUACAACGUGUUGACGCUUGUGAGCAACUUCUAAAGGAGCUGUUUGUCUUACUGGAAUACCUACCUCUUGCAAUAGUUCAAGCAGCCGCAUCAAUCAAUCGCAGAACGCAAACAGUCGACGAAUAUCUUGAACUGUAUAAAGAGACAGAAUCCGCUCCACUUACUCUGUUGAGUGAAGACUUUAAGGAUCUUGGAAGAGACUUAGAAGGUAAAAACGCCGUCUUUAAGACCUGGGUGAUUUCCUUCGAUCAGAUUAGACAGGAAAACUUUCACGCAGCUGAAUUGCUAUCACUUAUGAGUUUCUACGAUCGUGAGGGUAUCCCAAAAUCUCUCCUCCUCCAGCAACUACGUAGCGUUCGGGAGUUGGAGGACGUAUUGGGUAUACUAAAAGGGUACUCUCUUGUAGUUCCUAGCCAUGUUGGGAAAUCAGUGGAUAUGCAUCGCCUGGUUCAACUCUGUGUACGAGGAUGGCUACAAGACCACGGUAAGUACAGUGCCUGGGCUGAAAAGGCGACAACGAUAUUAGCCUCAAAUUUUCCCAAUGGAGAGCACCAGAAUUGGGAACAAUGUGCUUUGUUGUUACCCCAUGCGCAAGCGAUAUUGAACAUUCCACCACCUUCUAGGAAAGUUAUUGAACGAGCGACUUUACAAUUUAAUGUAGCUUGGUAUCUGGACACACAGGGACAAUACAACUCAGCAGAACGGAUGCACCGGCAAGCACACCAGAACCGAGAGCAACUUCUGGGGAAAAGGCAUCAGGAUACGCUAAUGAGCACCAAUGGUCUAGCUAAUGUCCUGUGGCAUCGUGGACAGUAUAAAGAAGCCGAGCAUUUACAUAGGCAAACCAUGGAGUAUCGUACGCAGAUACUGGGUCCUAAACAUGCAGACACGCUUACUAGUGCGAGCAACCUAUCCAACGUACUUUGGGAUCAACGUAAAUUUGAAGAAGCAGAGAAGUUUAUUCAGCAAGCUUUGGAAGGCCGUAUGAUUACACUUGGUCCGGGACACGAAGAUACCAUGGAGAGCAGAACUGAUUAUAUUGUAAUCCAGUGGUACCAUGGAAAGUUCGUGGAAGCAGAGAGAACAUGUCAAGAUCUUCUCGCCGAAAUGGAGAAUGAAUUAGCACCAAAUCAUCCGUCUACACUGAGGUGUAAACACACACUGGCAGCUUUGCUCGAAGUUUCAGGGAAGUAUAAAGCGGCAGCGUUAUUAUGGAGUGAAGUCUUAUGCGCUACCGAAGAGAAAUAUGGGAAGGACCACCCAGUAACACUACAAAAUAUUCAACGCCUUUCACUAAUACUUCAGCUACAAGGUGAUUACCCCGAGGCCGCGAUAAUGCAGCACAGAGUGAUGGAAGGAUAUGAAAAAGUCUUGGGAAAAGAGCAUCCUGAUACCAUUCGCAGCUAUUUCGACUACGGAAUUCUCCUAAGGACGCAAGGAAAAUAUUAUGAAGCAGAGAGACGUCUUCGGCAAGCAUUAGAAGGAUAUCAAAAAUUUAUAGGGCAAACUCAUGUAGAUACUCUUAUAUGUGUCUGCUGCCUUGCAUCUACUCUACAAUUCCAGUGCAGAUUCGAGACUGCACGAAAGAUGCUGGAAUUUCCGAUGAAGGAAAUUGAAACGCUGGACAAAAGCCGCCCUGAUGUCCUGGAAGCUAUUGAUGUCUUGGCCGAUAAUUUGCAUGCACAACGUAAGUAUGAAGCCGCCGAACAGUUGCGCUCGCAGCAAGUGGUAGGUAAUGAGAAUGCACGGGGAGUGGACCAUCCAAACACUCUAAGCAGCGUGAACAAGCUUGCUACUGUACUGCGUGAUCAGCGCAAGUAUGGAGUAGCAGAGCAGCUGUACCGACGAGCCCUAGAAGGACGAGAGAAGGUGCUUGGAGUAGAGCACCCAAGCACUCUAAGUAGUGUGAAUGGCCUUGCUACUGUAUUACAUGAUCAACGCAUAUAUAAGACAGCAGAGCAGCUAUAUCGACGAGCUUUAGAAGGACGAGAGAGGGUGCUUGGAAAAGAGCAUCCUGAUACAUUUCUAAGUGUCAAUAAUCUUGCCAGUCUCUUAAAGGAUACCCGCGAAUAUGAAGCAGCAGAGCAAUUGUACCGCCGAGCUCUAAAAGGACGAGAGAAGAUGUUUGGAGAAGAGCACCCAAGCACUCUAAGCAGCGUGAAUAGCCUUGCUACUGUAUUACAUGAUCAACGCGUAUAUAAAGCAGCAGAGCAGUUGUAUCGCCGAGCCCUAGAAGGACGAGAGAAGAUUCUUGGAGAAGAGCACCCAGACACUCUAAGCAGCGUGAAUGGCCUUGCUACUGUAUUACAUGAUCAGCGCGCAUAUAAAGCAGCAGAGCAGCUAUAUCGACGAGCUCUAGAAGGACGAGAGAAGGUGCUUGGAGAAGAGCAUCCUGAUACAUUUCUAAGUGUCAAUAAUCUUGCCAGUCUCUUAAAGGAUAUCCGUGAAUAUGAAGCAGCAGAGCAACUAUACAGACGAGCUCUAGAAGGACAAGAGAAGAUUCUUGGAGAAGAGCACCCAGACACUCUAAGUAGUGUGAAUGGCCUUGCUACUGUAUUACAUGAUCAGCGCGUAUAUAAGGCAGCAGAGCAGCUGUAUCGACGAGCUCUAGAAGGACGAGAGAAAGUGUUUGGAGAAGAACACCCGAACACUCUAAGCAGCGUGAAUGGCCUUGCUACUGUAUUACAUGAUCAGCACGCAUAUAAAGCAGCAGAGCAGCUGUAUCGACGAGCUCUAGAAGGACAAGAGAAGGUGCUUGGAAAAGAGCAUCCAGAUACGUUUUUAAGCAUCAAUAAUCUUGCCAGUCUCCUGACAGAUACUGGCGAAUAUGAAGCAGCAGAGCAACUAUAUAGACGAGCUCUAGAAGGACGAGAGAAGAUUCUUGGAGAAGAGCACCCAGACACUCUAAGUACCGUGAAUGGCCUUGCUACUAUACUAUAUAAUCAGUGCGUAUAUGAGGUAGCAGAGCAGCUGUAUCGACGAGCUCUAGAAGGACGAGAGAAAGUGCUUGGAGAAGAGCAUCUGGAUACGUUUCUAAGUGUCAACAAUCUUGCUGGUCUCUUAAAGAGUAUCUAUGAAUAUGAUGAAGCAGAGCAAUUGUACCGCCGAGCCCUAGAAGGACGAGAGAAGAUGUUAGGGCCGAUGGAUUUAGUGACACUCACUAGUGCCAAUGACAUUGGCUUGCUGUUGGUUAAACUAGGAAGGUUUGAAGAGGCGGAAGCCAUGCUUCGACGGGCACAGCAAGGAAAAGAGAGCCUGUUAGGACCAGAUAACCUUGACACACUCACAAGUGCCAGUAAUCUUUGCUUGAUAUUGGAUGGGCAACAAAAGUAUAACGAAGCAGAAGUAAUUCUUCGACGGGCAAUGGAUGGAUUUAAGAAUGUGCUAGGACCAGAGCAUCCAAAAACACUAACAAGUGUCAAUAGUGUUGGCGUGAUAUUGGAAAGACAAGGAAGGUUGGAAGAGUCAGAAGGAAUGCUUCGACUUGCGCUUGAAGGAAGAGAAAAGGUUCUAGGGCGGGAUCAUCCGGACACACUCACCAGUCUCAGUUUAGUUGGCUUGGUGUUAAUGGGCCAAGGCAAACCCGAAGAUGCAGAACCAAUGCUUCGACAAGCACUAGAAGGAAGGGAGAGGCUAUUAGGACCAAAUCAUCCAGAUACUCUCGAAAGCUUGGAAGACCUUGACUUGGUGUUAAUGAGCCAAGGCACGCUUGAAGCAGAACCGACACUUCGACAAGCACUGGAAGAAACAGAGAUAUAAAUUAGAAACUUUAGCUAGCCAAGCGUGUCUAAAUUUACUGGCCUCUUCGUAGUCCUUAUUUAGUCCCC